AUGGAAGAAUAUUCAUUACAAAAUGCAGCAAGCAUGACUCCUUAUAUCCCACUAGUUGCAGGUUAUGUUGCCCGUUCACUUGCUUGUAUUACUUGUUAUCCUAUUGAACUUGCAAGAACCCGUAUGCAGCUUUCAGGUGUUGGUGUCAAGCUUGUUAGCAAUACAGUGUGGAGUACCCUCUUUCAUCAAUUCUUGAUAGUGAUGUCACAUAUUGUUGUUGCAGUUGUGCCUUCGGGAAAUAGAAACUUUGAAGGGCGUGUUCACCCACUAACAAGAUCCAACUACCUGGCUUCACCUCCCUUGGUUGUAGCUUACGAACUUGUUUGCACGGUUGACAUCGACUUCGAAAACAAACCAACGAGACCACAAAGGACGGAAAGAAUGGCCAAGCACCCAAGAAAUCACUCAGAAUUUAAAAUUCUAUUGAAGCUACUGUUUUCUUCUACUGUUCAUCUGUUCAUCUGGUAA